GUCACAAUAUCGUGAAAAAUUGCUAAUCAUUGAAUUACCUAAUUCAGGAUAAAAAUAUGGCAUGAUGUGUCUGGGGUCAAGUUUAAGAUAAACGAAAGUAAACAAGUUAUCGAAACGGUGAUCUAUCAAAUAAAUAGCGGGAAUAAUUCAAUUGACGUUAUUCUGUAGUUACCCGUCAGCCAAACGAUACUUAUUUACAGUAACAUGACAGACCAGCAAAAUUAUCAUAAAUUUUUGGACAAUGGUCAAUAUUCUAAACAUGGACUUGAAAAGUACGAGUGGAUCUUCGGCGAGACCUUCCUAUCUACUGGUGGAAUAACCACGACCAUGCAAGUUCUAAAGCAUGUCCAGUUAGGAGAGAACCCUAAAGUACUGGACGUGGGUUCUGGUCUGGGAGGUCACAGUUUCCUUUUCGCUGAAAAAUACGGAGCCGAAGUACUUGGUCUAGAUUUAUCAGAGAACAUGCUCGAAAUUGCUCGGAAACAUUUAGAUAAACGACCACACCUCAAAGACAAGGUCAGAUUCGAGUUCCAAGAUUGCACGAAAAUUGAUUACCCAGAGAACUCAUUCGAUCUCAUAUAUUCAAGGGAUACUCUUCUCCAUAUCCGCAAUAAAGAUCAACUAUUUAAAAAGAUUUACAAAUGGCUGAAACCUAAUGGUUAUGUCUUAUUUACUGAUUAUGUCAGAGGGGAAGAUGAGACUAAAUACACUGAAGAGUUUAAAAAGUAUUUGAUCGAUCGCGACUACGAUAUGGCCACUAUAACGGAGUAUAGAGAAAUCCUACACAACAGUGGCUUCAAGAGUGUCCAAGUGGAGGAUUGGAAGGACCAAUUUAAGUACGCUUUGGAGAUUGAGCUGGAUAAGUUGCAAGGAAAGAGGUUUGAAUUCCUUCAACAUUUCACGCAAGCUGAUUAUGAAGAUUUGGAGUCAGGGUGGCUGAACAAGGUGUUUAGAACAAACGAAGGCAACCAAGGAUGGGUCAUGGCAGUAGCGAGGAAGUGAGAAGAAUUUACAGUAAAGUAUUAUGACAUUUCUUAAUUGUGUUUAUCUCUUGAAAGUGUUUUAUUUAAUUAUGUACAUGGCUGUGGUUUGUCCCACGAUUUUCAAUACAACUUUUUUAACUGAAAAGUUCGUGACUACAUCAAUUUAUUGGUCUUAGAUAGUGUGAUAUGUAUUGUAGGUAAAUUUAUCUCUACCACUAAAUAAAAAACAUUUAAGUUAAAAUACGUGGUUUUUAUUUGAUGUAACGUCAUUGUCUAUUAAUAUUUAUUCCCAAGCAUACAUUGGCGUUAACAUAAUUCGUAAUAAUAACUACGCAACAAAUAUAUUUAAAAUAUUCUAUCAGCCGAAAAAUACACACUUUGGUUCCUAGCUUAGUUAUUAUGUUAUACUUCAUUAAAUAUUACAUAUCUGUUUGAAUUCAACGCUUUUGAGUAUUGAUUUACUGCAUUCAAUCCAAUGAGGAUUAGUUCAGACUUAGUCAAAAAUAAUUAAGGUCAGCACAUUAUUAUUUUGAAUUCAUAUAAA